UCCCACAUCUCUCACCGUCACCCAUCCGUUGUUGAGGGAAUUGAUGGACGUCAUAGGUACUGAAGACCACCCUUCGUUUUCUGAGCAAUAUUUGUUAAGGGAGCAAGAAGAGAAAUUGAAAAUUUGAAAGUGGGAAUCGAGCCAUCAGCUGAUGUGGUUAAGACUUUCUUGAUUAGAGCAGCCCAGUCAUCCCACCUGCUACUGCUGAAGAGAGUAGUGGUCUCUGGCGAUGCUGUAAGCAGCGAAGAUGGGUAUGAAUUUGGGUCGGAAGACAGAUGUGGCCCUUUCCUGGAGUUACGGAAGGCGGAGCGGCAACCGUGAUGGGCGGUGGUACUUGGGCAGCGGCUCGGCGCGGAGAGACUGGUGGCCUUUCAUUCGGGUUUCUGGAUCUUGCAAUUUCUGCCCGGGGAAAUGUUAUGAAAUAAACAUGAAAUGUUCGUAGGUCAAUCGGUCGGGUCUUCUUAUCAUCAUCCGAUCAACAAUUAAUCUUUCUUCAUAGGUUAUUAGCAAUGGUUCAAACUUGAUAUGUUAAAUUAGGUCUUAAACCUGAUGAAGUGCCCCCAGAGAUUAAGAUUUAAGCUUGAGAUGGCCCCUGCAGAUUUCGGUUCCCAAUUCAACUACAAACCAAAGUAGACAUUGCUUUACCCGAUUAAUAUCAUAGGUGCAUUGCUACAAAGGGUGACAGUGCACUUGAGUGUGACAAGUUCUCAAAGUAUUACUGCUCUCUUUCCCCCGGCGAAUGGAUGGAUAGAUGGAAUCAGCAAAGGGAGAACGACAUCUUUCCAGGUCCGCUGUGAGUGUCUUUCGGUCACUAUCUUCACAUUUGGUUCCAUUACAUUUAAUGGAAUCACUGAAAUUUGUUAAUGACAGUAACUUUGACUUGUUUACCUCACUAGCUCAAGUCAAAAUGAGUUUACUUCACCGAUGCCUUAUAAUUAAAUCCAAUCUAGCAUGCCAUUCCUUUUUACACAAAACUCACGCCACUUAAUUUAUACAUAUUAAGGUAAUAGAUGAUACAGAGUUAGUAAGAUAUGUAAGUAUUGAUCUUGGGGUAGGAUGGCCUGAAAGGAUUUAAGCAUUAUAGGAUUUUUGGUGGUCUUUGUAUUACUAUAUUAAUGUUAUCAGUAUUAGUGUAGUAGUAUUGAACCCCAAUUCACUUCAUUAUUUCUUCAUAAUGGCCUGAAGGCAGUAUGUUCAUUAUUAGCUUCACUUUGGAUUGGGGACUCUUCAUUAUAGUGUUUUUUGUACUGAUUUCUAUGCUGAGAUAUGCUGAUUUAUAUGCUGCAAUAUAUGAGCAUGCUGGUUUAUAUGCUGAAAGGCUAUUAUACUUCGUAUAUGUUGACUCAUUUGUUGAAACUGUUUUGAAUAAUUUAUAUGCUGAUUUAUACUCCGUAUAAGGGGUUAUGAAGAGAUGCUUCAAGGUCCAGUGGUGAUCGUUUUUUAGUGCUUUCCAUAAUGUAUGAAUAUCAUUCACCUACAAUGGCCAUUGAAAGAGAAGAUGAAAACCACCUGAUUACUCUAAAUUACUAGCACCAUGACCUCAAGCAUAAAUUGAUAACAUCAAUCAUCAUAUAGACCAAAUCUUAUUACUCCAAAUUGUGCAACUUAACUAAACAUGGAGUUCCAAAUGCUAACCAAAAAGCACCUAGGGCCAGGGAUACUAGUCUAAAUGUUUGUGGAGCAUUAGGAGGUCCUGGUCUUGGAGAUUCGCUCUUUCUUGGGCUCAAUUCGAAUGGAGUUGGAUUUCCAGAUCUUGAAAAAGUAAGCAACAUUUGAAUCAAAACCCAACAUGAUUUAACAGGAUUUAACGGAUAAUCUAGAGGGUUGACACGACAGAGACCAAAUCACACUAAAUGAUACACUACAACUGACUUUGAUGGAAUAGCAAUACUUUCCACAUAAUACUUGAAAUGAAAAUGAAUAUAUUUGAUCUGACAAUUUGUGAAAAAUAUAGGGUAUUUCAUACACUAUUUUAAAGAAUAUCAUAACAAUCUCGCAUAAAAUAGCUAUUUAUAAAAAAGAACAUCAUUUUAAAAUUGGGCAAAAGCUAUCGCGCCUUGCGCGAAGGAUCGCUAGUUUUAGUAUAAAGGAUGACACCCAUCCUUGAGAUUCGACAACACCGACCGGACGAUAUGAUGAGAGGAAGUAAAUUGGACUACAAUAUAGAUGGAUAGUUGGAUUCUCGUAACACGGAGUGGAACCCGGACCUAACCCGAUUCAAUUGAUCGAUAGAAUAUGUUGAUUAAUUAAUACUCCUUAAAAAAUACUCCGUAGAAUCUGUUGAUUCAUUUCCAAUCGAUUCACAGGUUCUUAAAACAAACUCCCCUGGCUUGAGUUAAAUUUUCACUUGACGGACUCUCCAUCUGGAUAUAUUUGGAAAUCUUAUUCCCAUAUAUUUCAAGGAUCCUUUGGAAAAUUGGAAUUUGAGAUUUCAUCUCACAGUUGCCGUUUCGUAAAUCUCUGCUCAAAGUCUAUUUCGAAAUUUGCUUUUGUUUUUGCAACAGCAUUUCUGUAGCACUAAUCUAUGAUCUCUGGAUUUUGUCCGUCUAUUAUUCGAUGUGAUCUAAUGCUGCGACUGAUUUAUUGGGUUUUACUGAUUUCUGGGCAUGCCCGAGAACUUGAUAUUCCACAAAUUGGAUUCGAUCUAUGAGGACAAACUUUUCAUUUGGGUCUGGCAGCCCCAAAUCAUUCCAAGCGUACCCUAGGGCUGAUUUUGACUUAGAAUCUGGAAUUCCAAAAAGAAGCAGAAAACCCAAAAGCUCGCCAUUUCAUCCCAUCAAAAUGAUCAAGUCAUUAGGUGAUCAGAUAAAUUACUACUAUAAGGUUCGCCCACUUUUGCUGUUCUUUAUCUCAUUCUGCCUUGCGGUUACUAUUAUUUUCAUAUUGUCUUCCUACCAGGCCCGGUUUCGGGUUAUGGGUAACUUAAAGAAACCCAAUAAGGGUGUAGAAAUGUAUCCGUUUUCCGAGUUCAAGAAUCUGGUAAUGGUUGCCGGGCAUUCGGUUUACACUAGCAGUAGUUGUGAGAGUGUUGAGAAGGAGAACGCUUGGUUUCUGGAGUCAUAUCAGAAGCAUCCUGGCCAAGCUGAAACCUUUGUAGCGCAUAUACAGAAGGGAGUUGAAAUUACAGCAACUGAUGACGUGGCUUUGCUUCUGUUCAGCGGUGGAGAGACAAGGAAAGAGGCGGGGCCCAGAAGCGAGGCACAAAGCUAUUGGAUUGUUGCUGAGUCUAAAGGAUGGUUUGGAAAUCAAGAAAUUGUAAGGAGGAGGGCACUCACGGAAGAGCAUGCUAGAGACAGUUUUGAGAACCUUCUUUUUAGUGUUUGCAGGUUCAGAGAACUCACUGGUUCAUAUCCACAUAAUUUAACAGUUGUGGGCUAUGACUUUAAGGCUGAGAGAUUUGUUCAACUGCACCGCACAGCCAUAAGAUUCCCAGAAAGUAGAUUCAUUUACUCAGGAACCCCAUCAUCGCCAUCUUCAAGGGAUGCAGCUUUGAAAAGUGAGGCCUUUGUGAGGACGCAGUUCCAAGAUGAUCCUUACGGAUGUAAAGGCUCACUCUUGCGGAAGAAGUUAGGACGUGAUCCCUUUCAUCGUUCAAUCCCUUAUCCCAAUGGAUGUCCUGAAAUUGAAGGGUUGUUCCGAUACUGUGGUAGGGUUCCAUAUCCAGGCUCAUUGCCCUGGGGCUAAGUAGAUAUUUGAUGUUUAACAAGAGUAAGGGUUUUUGGCUCAUGAGUUAUAUGUAUCACUUUAUAUGCUAAUGUAUCUUUUCUAAGGACGCCCUUCUUUUUUUCUUUCAAAAAUGUAUGUUUGGUUAUUAUAUUUUUGGCUUGUUAACUUAAGAUAUCAGCAACUUAAAACUCACCAUUCUAUCUUAUUCUUUACCAUUUACC